ACGUGAUGACGUCUUUCAACCCACGUGGUUUUGUUAUUACAGGAAGUGAAGAUGGCCGCCCAGUCUUUUCUCACCGAGUCAGCUCUCGGUUGGUCUAUUUUCACAUUCAUACUUUUGGUCAUUCUUGCUUUCUGUUGGGUCUACAUCAGAAAAUUUCAAAGUCGCCAGGAGAGUGAAGUUGUUUCCACCAUCACAGCAAUAUGCGCUCUAGCUAUCGCAUUGAUAACUUCAGCCCUUCUUCCUGUGGAUAUCUUCCUUGUCUCCUUCAUGAAGUACCCAAAUGGCACCUAUAAGGAAUGGGCUGUAAACAAUGAAACAAGAGCCCAGAUUGAAGAUACCGUCCUGUAUGGAUAUUACGCCCUUUACUCCAUCAUCCUCUUCUGUGUUUUUCUAUGGAUCCCCUUUGUUUAUUUCUACUAUGAAGAAAGAGACGAUGACAAUGUCAAACCAUGCUCGCAAGUCACAAACGCUCUUAAGUAUACAAUUGGAUUUGUCAUUGUCUGCUUGGUGCUGCUAUUAAUUGGAGCAUUUGUUCCACUUGAGCCUCCACCACAUCAGAAUGCCACACAGUGGGAGAAAGUUCAAUACCUUUUUGAGGAGCUUGGCAGUGGGCAUGGCCUACCUGCUCUGGCUUUCUCCAUCAGCUCAUUGACCCUGAUUGGGAUGCUGGCAGUUAUCACUUACACAGCAUACGGUAUGUCCGUGCUACCUUUGAAUCUGAUAAAAGGCACACGGAGUGUGGCAUAUGAACGGCUGGAAAACACAGAGGACAUUGAUGAUGUCGAGCAUCAGAUCGAGAAACUGAAAUCCAAGUGUCAAGAUGGACGGCCCUUGUCAUCACGAGACAGAAAAAACCUGCAGGAGCUCGAAGGAAAGCUGCAAGUCCUUCAACGAAGAGGGAGACACCUGGAAAUUGCCGAGAGGAACUGCUGCAACAAAAUGGGUAGUGCUCUCAGACCUUUCAAGAUUAUACUGGGCAUUUUCUUCAUCCUGGUUGCUCUGCUGUUCUCUGUUGCGCUGUUCAUUUCAAAUUUGGAUAAAGCGCUCCAUUCUGCUGGCAUCAGUUCUGGCUUCAUGAUUUUUGGCACCAAUUUAACCAAUCCUUUGAAUGAACUUUUACUAGCUCUACAGCCUGUUUUUCCAUUGGAUUACAUCCUGAUUACAGUUAUCACAAUGUAUUUUGUUCUCACAUCCAUGGCGGGUAUUCGCAACAUGGGCAUCUGGUUCUUCUGGAUAAGGCUCUACAAAAUUCGACCUAAAAGAACCCGUCCCCAGGCUCUCCUUUUCCUUUGCAUGAUUUUGCUCUUGAUUGUGCUCCAUACUAGCUACAUGAUCUACAGUCUUGCCCCUCAGUAUGUCAUGUACGGGAGCCAGAAAUAUCUCAUACAGGGUCCCUCGUCGGGCCUUACGUCGGGGAACAGUUCAUUUGGCAUCACCAGGUUCUGCGACGCCAAUGCGCCCGAGGACCAAUGUAUUGUGACCAGGUCAUAUCUUUUCCUCCACAAGUUUUGGUUCUUCAGUACCAUCUACUACUUUGGAAACUGGGCCUUUAUUGGGACUUUCCUCAUCGGGCUGGUGGUGUCUUGCUGCCGAGGGAAGAAGUCUGUGAUUGAAGGCGAGGUGGAGGCCGACGACUCAGAUGUCAGCGAUGAUGAAUAUGUGCACUGAAGUUCAAUACACACGCACCCGCGGAUAAGCGCAUCCAGCCAUAACUUAAGGGGACUACAAAGUACAAUUUGGCACAUCAUUAAUUUGCUUCCAUUUUAUUUUAUAGCUUUGAAUGAGGUCUGCUCCCAGACAAUGUGACUGACGAUGUUGGGAUUCUAUGAACGUCCUCCAAGGCAACGUGAGCAGACAACCUUAGAAAUUAAGACAUACAAGUAAUUUGUAUUUUACAUUUUGUACAGCAGGAAAACCUAUUUUCAUUACCUUAAAAUAAACAUAAAGGCAAGCCAUUUUCCAAGAAAAGUGUCCCUGAUUUGCAGUUUACAUUAUUUAACUCUAACAAUUGGAAACCAUCUUAGGUCCCAACCUGAAGUUUGGAAAAACCUGCCCAUCCGCUUUAUUAUUAUUUUAUUUUAUGUUGAAUUCUAUGAUUGCUACUGUAUGAAACUCAAUUCAUAUUUUUGUCAUUCAAAUAAAAUACUGUACAGUGUACUGUACUGAACCUCCAACCCACUUAGUCUAUAUGUUCCACUGGCGUGUUACUGAACGUGUUUAGCUGACCAUGAAACUUGCUUAUUUUCAUGUCACAUUUAAUCAAAUGUUCUCAUAAAAAAAAAAAUUCCCCUCUGUAUUAUGAAAACACUGGGAAUGAAAAUGAUAAAUUAGUGUUAUGGAAACCACUCACAUUUUAGAAGCGAUUGUGACUUAUUUUUUUGUGUUUCAUAAUUGUUAUAAUUGUAUUAGUAUUCAUUUCAAAGCAAGUGCAUCUUUCUGAUUUAAAUAUGGCUGUGAAUUGAUUGACAGAAUGAAUGACACCCCCCACCCCAAUAAUAUUGGUGCCUCAUGAAUAGAUAUUGCUAUGAUGGGCACAAACAUUGGUCUGAAACUCGAUAAAGAUCAUUUAAGACAUUUAUUCCAGUUUUGUGCCGCUUAUCCACAUUCUUUCUUGAAACAUUAUUCCAAUUCUUUAUUGAGGUGCUGGAAUUAACUGCUGUAAUGAGUGGUACCAAGUAACAUGUUCACUAUUGUAUGGUACAAAA